AUGGCCGCCAGGUUUUCCCGAAGCCUGCCACAGGUUAACCGCCAGAUUUUCGCUAAAUUAUCUCCCCGCACGAUAACUCGCGUUGCGAGAGCCAAUCCUCAUGCUGGCUUGGUGGCAUAUCGCACCGGGAACUUCGCGCGUGGGAUCUGCCGCGUAAAACAGGUCAAUAUCGCGCGAUAUGCCCAUACAGAUUCUGGCUCAUCGGCCAAUGCGACAAGUCCUAGUCAUGAGCCUAUAAAUUACAAGGGAUCAAGCCUUACGGAAAAACAUUGGAUGAGGCAGGACUUCACACUUGUGGACGCCUUGAUUGCGCCGCAAGCUAUUGUGAAUUUUCUCGAAUUCGCAGUGUAUGGUAUCUUGCCAAACGGGAAGAAGACCGAUUUAGCUUUACUGAACCAGGCUGAAUUACAUCUGCUCGUCGCCCCGAGUACACAAUGGGCGGCUGCGCCGUUCAACAAAGAAGACACUCCCACUGUAGUCAAAGUGAUGGGUCGCAUCUUGGAACCCGAGGGGUUGAGCGGGCUGUGCAAUAUUGGAAACAAUAUUCACUUUCUCAAAAAUCGCCUCUGGGGAGGCCUCGCUCCCGUGCCUGCAUCGCGAUGGCGCGAAAAAGAUCUCAACAACCUGGACCACUUCACGAUCGCGCACGAAUACCUGACCUCUGUGAUUUCUGUCUUUGAGUAUCUCAAUAUUCCUCAGUGCCGGACUAGCAUGUGCGACACCUUCAACAAAAUAUCCGGUGACCUCAGAGAAACGCAGAACGCCUUGAAUGCACUGCGCAAGGCCCAAGACAGCCUUUCUCCCGAGGUUAAUCUUACUGCGCUUUGGGAGCAAUUCAUUCGCGCUCAGUACGAAGUCAUGACCAGCACCGCCCAUUCCUGGAUCCUGGCCCGCGUUACCGAAUUACGCGAACAGUUAUUGGACAGCUUCACUGCGAUCCCAGCUGACAAGUUGGAAUCCCCAGAAAUGGAACUGAUCACAGAGCGAUGGUCUGAUCUCAUUUCCGUUGUGUCAAUGGCAGAUUUCAACAUUUGGAUAUCCAUGGAUGGGUACAACGGCUACAAUCCACCCUCCGAGAUCGUUGCUGGGCUACACAAUCCCGACCUAGCGAGCCAAGACAAAAGCUACGGCUUCUCUCAGCUCCUGCUUGAGCGACUCACCCAAUGUAUCGAGGCUCAGAACGAGGCUGCUAAGGUCCAAGGCCUAAGCGCGACGCAGAGUGACGCGGCCCGUCGCGAGCGCCUUUCUAUCAGCACAGUGGUACAGGAUGAACUGCGUCAAAAGAUUCGCGGCCGUGUGCCAUCACCGCAGCCACCUGUACAGCCCUGGAUCCAGAAACUCUUUGUGGAGCAGGAGGCGAACUUGAGCGUGCCCCCAGAGGAGAGACAGGACGUGAGCAUCGGAUUAGCCAUCUACCGCGCAGUAGACAAGUUCUCCGAUGAGCAGUGGGAAGGCAUCCGGCGGGACUUGGAAGCACAGUUUUCGGCAUGGGGCGAUGAUGUCCAGCGCGCCGACGAAAUCAAGCCACUUCUCAAACUGCAUUGGUUCGACAGCAAGGAACUAGGCUUCGAUUCAAUGGAACCGGUCACAGCAGCAAGGAGACACUUCCAACAGAUCCGGUCCUCUGACGAGUGGAAAGAGAAAAUAGUACCAUCAUUCUUCCUUGUCGCCGAUCCCAUGGGCGUAGGCUCAUACAUCGACGAACAACUUUACGCCUCUUACAGAGAAAACAAAGACCUCCUCAACGGUGACUUCCAAGGCAAUGUCCUGGCUGUCGACGCAGACUUUGAUAAUAGUGCCACUGCAGACGCAAGUGCAGACGGGACGGCCAAGGAAGAAUCUCAGGAUAAAGGCUCGAAAUACUCGGGCCAGACGCGCAUUCUGGCCAACCUAGUCUGGAACGAGCUCUAUGCCAUGCUAGCGCCGCCGUCUGUGGGACUUGAGUAUCUUUGGCAGCAGACACUGGAUCAUCCGCUGAAGAUUUAUACGGGGCCCACAGUGCCGAGUCAGGUUGCGCCAUGGAAGGAGUGGAAUACCACUAAGACUGCUAUGAUGGAUAACUUUAUGGAGUUUCUAAAGAAGAAGGACCCCUCCUUGGCAGGAAAAGUAGGGGGGUUGAGGAAGGAGGGGAUCCUUUAG